AUGAUUUCCAAGAUCGUCAUAGCCCUGCAUGUCGUCUUGACACUAGUCGUACUCGCAUUAACCGUCAAGACUCUGCAGAAUGAAGCGAACGAGAAGAAGGGAAUAGUGCAGAUUCUGCGCUUCGUUCAGGUUCCUGACUUGGUCGGGUCCAUCGCCACAGCGGUGCAAAGUGCCGCAGCCGGCGUGGUCACUGCCGCGGUCGCAUCGGGCGAGUCCUUGGUCGCCGGCAGUCUACCGUCUAGCAUAUCAGUGGGCACCAAAUACGCGUGCGUGGCUUCAGAAUGCGCCGCGAUUCCUGGUCACGCCUUUCGCCUGAUUCAAGACCUGGCCCCGUCCCUCCCUUCGUCCGAGGAGAUCGAACAGCUGCAGAAGCUGGUAGAUAAAUGCCCCAACCUGGAGACUGUUUUGUUCGCCGGGCUCGGCCUGGUUUUGGUGUCGACCACACUGCUGCUUGCUGGUCUCAAGUUCAGGUUGCUUCGCUUCGUAUCGCUGGGGCUGGACGUUGUCGCCGUCGUCCUCUUCGCGGUAGUGACGGCCUAUACAGUCUCUCUCUACAAGACAUCUCAGGCUGUGGCAGGCCUGCUUGGAGUCGAAGCGAGCAAGGGAGACGUUUUUGGAGCAUCUAUCGCAGACUUGACACUGUGUCUGAUUAUUACUGCGCUCGCUCUGGCGCAGACCGUACUGUAG